UUCAGUGGUUUCGAUUUCAUUUAUAGGGGUACUAGUGUACAUGGGAGGGGUAUAUUUCCCAGAAUACAACACAAGAGGGAGGCUGAAAUAUGACGUUUAUAUUUAAUCAUGGUACCACUAGGGAGGCGAUGGGAAUAAAGUGCUAAGCAACCCGAAACAUAAACCAAGUCUGCAAUUUCUCUGCACCGGAACAAGUAAGCACGCCGUCCUCUGCGCACACUCACCUGCCAGAGGCGGCCAGCCCAGCCGGGACUAUGAGCGAGCGUGGCCCUCGCACGGAGGCCUCCAUGUUUUUCCAGGUGGAGGUGGACCGCCUCGAGCGCGAUGACAAAGAGGACAACGAUGAAGACAAGAUGGCGCACUACGACGAGGACGACCUGAUGUCGCCACCCUCGGGCUCCCGUGUCUACGACCGCACUACGGUGCUCAUCGAGCAGGACCCAAUCCGGCUGGAUGAGGAGGGAGAGGAGGACCAUAGACACUGCGUGGGGGACGACGACGGGGGCGCCUUCCUGGUCGACGGGGACCUGGACGAGGAGGAUGAGGAGGAGGGCUCUAUGACCUUCAUGGGCGACCAGGAUGGCAUGUCGCAGGGAUACGUGCAUCACACCAUCUCGCCCGACCAGAUCCAGUUCAUCAUCAACCCGGGGUCCAUGGCCAUGCCGCGCAACAUCGAGGGGGCCACCCUCACCCUGCACUCGGAGUGUCCGGAGACCAAGCAAAGAGAGGUGAAGAGGUACCAGUGCAUGUUUGAGGGCUGCACACGGACCUACAGCACAGCGGGCAACCUACGCACGCACCAGAAGACCCACCGGGGCGAGUACACAUUUGUGUGCAACCAGUUGGGCUGCGGCAAGGCCUUCCUCACCUCCUACAGCCUGAAGAUCCACGUGCGGGUUCACACCAAGGAGAAGCCCUUUGAGUGCGACGUGCAGGGCUGUGAGAAGGCCUUCAACACUCUGUACAGACUGAAAGCACACCAGAGACUGCACACAGGGAAGACGUUCAACUGUGAAUCGGAGGGAUGCACAAAGUACUUUACCACGCUCAGUGACCUGAGAAAGCACAUUCGCACUCAUACCGGGGAGAAACCAUUCCGGUGUGACCAUGAUGGUUGCGGCAAGGCGUUUGCUGCCAGCCAUCACCUAAAGACGCACGUACGGACACACACAGGGGAGAAGCCCUUCAACUGUCCCAGCGACGGCUGUGAGAAAGCAUUCAGCAGCCAGUACAGUUUGAAGAGUCACGUCAGGGGCCAUGGGGACACCCUCACCCACCCCCUGUCCGAGGAUGCAAAUCAUUCACUGUGCCUCAGUGACUUGAGCCUCAUCUCGACUGACUCGGAGCUCCGAGAAAACAUCCGCAAUUCUCAGAACUUGGACUUGAGCAGUGUUACCCCCGUGAGGAUCUUCGAGCUCAUGUUCCAGAGUCCGGAAAACAGUGUUAGUCAAGACGAUGCCCAUCCUCACGAGAGCCUUGUUGAAGCCUUUGGCCAGGAGACUGGCCAGUCCACCAUGGGCGAUGGAUCCACCCCCAUCUCCUUCUCAUUCUCCCUCGUCCCUUUCUCCUCAUCCUCCUGUUCCCACUCCCACCCACACUCUCACCCUCACUCCCACACCACCACCACCACUGUCCUGGAGGCUUCCUCCCAGCUCCCUCUUAGCCAAUCCCCCUCUUCCCAGACUCCAGCACCUCCUGCCCCCAUUAGUAAUGUUACUGCAGUCAGCUCCGCCCAGCCCCCCGCCACCUUCGUACCCUUACCCACUGCCCUGCAGACGACAGACGUGCCUGCCCCGGCUCCAGCCCCCACCACCGCACCCAUGCACUACGUGGCACUGCCCGCCCAGACCGCUCCAACAGUGCCCUCUGCUGCGCCAGUAGUGGUGCCAGGCCCAGCCCUCUCCAACGCGGCUCUGGGCGCUGUAGUCGCUGCCACAGAGACUGUGCCGCUGCCGGCCGUGGCUCACGCUCACACCGUGCCUUUGGCCAGCAACACCAACCCUGGCCUGGCGCCCCCAGCCUCUGCCCCCACCAUCGCCCCAAGCCACAGCCACACCCAGAGCCUGCUGCAGCCCAGCAUCGUCAUGUCCGACCAGAACCUGCAGUGGAUCCUUAACACCGCCGCCAACAGCCAACAGAACCCAGAGCAAGCGCCACAUGGAGGUCCAAAAGUGGAAAAGGUCUUCUUUACCACAGCCAUACCAGUGGGAGGAAAUUCAGGCAACUCUGUCCAGCAGAUCGGCCUCAGCCUGCCCGUCAUCAUCAUCAAACAGGAGGAGUCCUGCCAGUGCCAGUGUGCCUGCAGGGACUCUGCUAAAGACAAGAGCUCCAACAAGAGCAGCAACGCCUCGGCAGCACCGCAACAACAGCCUCCCGCUCCUCCACCUCCCCCCGCUCCCGUACUCCCCCCGGCACCCUCUCCCCCCUUGUGCUGCCUCCCACCGCCCACCUCGGAAGUGAACGAGCCCCCUCCUCGUCCCCAAACAGGAGCGGUACUAGGACCAGGUAGCCUCUCCCCCUCAGCCUCCGUACAGACAUUCCCCCCAGGGGUGGCUACGGCCACCACCAACCCCUCUCCUAUCACGGAUGGUUUGGCCACCAUGGAUGUGUCGGACUUCCUGUCCCUGCAGAGCCCCGAGAGCACAGCCAACAUCGAGGCUCUGCUACUGGUGGCCAGCAGUGACGACUUCACUAUGGCUGGCGCUAGCAGCACCACCAACCCAUAGUGGACACUCAGGCUUCGUCCCUGUUCUCCACCCUUCUCUUUAAGUGUGCACUUGCACACUCCCAGUCAUGGAUUUAAAAGCAUUGAGUUGGUGUAAGCGUUGGGCAGAGGGAGUUUCUACCAUUGUUCAAUUCAUUAAAGGGAGUGUGCAAAUGCACACUUUGGGAGAAGGAUGUAGAAUCAGGACGCAGCCGCACUUGCCUAUUUACCCACUACGUGUCCGCUUUUCAAGUAUUGUAAGUGAAAUUUCAUGAGGGGGCUUAUUUUGGCAAAGC